GUGAGUAUUUUGUGCCUAGCUGCUAUAUACCAACAAAAAACAAGCUGAUUAAUAAGCAGGAAAUCAUGAAUCGAGGUGUGCGGCAAUGUUUUCCAGUCGGGCGGCCGUGGUCUUUGGUGAAGUGUUUGAUGUGGGCGUUAGUAAUUUUUGUGCAAAUCCAUGAGCACAAAGGUUGCUUGGAGGAAGAGAGGAUUGGUCUGUUACGACUUAAGGCGUUUCUGAAAUCCAAUGCUACCAUUCGCGACCCUCUUCCCACCUGGAUUGAGGACGCAGAUCAGAUGAGCAGUGACUGCUGUGGUUGGGAGCGAGUCUCGUGCAACUCUGCCACUGGUCAUGUCAUUGGACUCUCCCUCCACGAUAUAAGGCAAGGCGAUGCAACUUGGUUACUAAAUGUGUCCCUGUUUCGGCCCUUCAAGGAGCUAACGAGUCUUGAUUUGUCAGGCAAUCAAAUAGGUGGUUGCAUAGCUAUUGAAGAUUUGGCAAAUUUAAGUAGGCUGGAGAUUUUAGAUAUGAGUGGAAAUCGCAUCACUGGGAGUAUUUCUCCAUAUAUUGGGGCACUAUCUUUGGCGAAGGCUAUAUCGUUAUCUGACAAUGAUUUCAAUGGAGAUUUCCCAACUCAAGAUUUGUGCAGAUUGAAGAAACUUGAGGAGUUGGAUAUUUCUGGCAAUGACUUUGAAGGGAUCCUUCCUCGAUGCAUAAACAAUAUGUCAUCACUAAGAGUGUUGGAUAUAUCUGGUAACCGUUUCAUUGGAAACUUAUCUUCAUCUCUGGUAGCCAGCUUGAGUCCCACAUCUAUUGAGUAUAUUGAUCUUAGUUAUAAUCUUUUUGAGGGUCUGUUCUCAUUCAGCUUAUUCGCUAAUCAUUCCAAGCUUAAGGUGGUUCGAUUUUUGAAUGUCAACAACAAACUUGAGAUUGAAACUGAAAAUCCAGUGGGUUGGACCCCAUUAUUUCAGUUAAAGGCCCUUUUAUUGCGGAAUUGUAAUCUGAACAAGCUAACUGGAAAUAUCCCCAAGUUUCUCUUUGAUCAGCACGCAUUGGAAGUGGUUGAUUUAUCUCACAAUAAGUUGAAUGGAAGCUUCCCCUUUUGGUUGCCAGAAAACAAUACAGGGCUACGACAACUAAAUCUUCGAAAUAACUCUUUUGAGGGUCGAUUUUAUUUACAACCAGAGCACCACAUUAAUGUUUCUUGGAUGGAUGUCUCAGGCAAUCACUUAAAUGGACGACUUCAAGAAAAUAUUGGAAUCAUAAUGCCAUAUUUGAAAACUUUGAAUCUUUCCCGAAAUCAUUUUGAAGGCGAUCUUCCAUCUUCAAUUGGUGACAUGAGUUAUUUGAGGAGAUUGGAUUUGUCCUUCAAUAGAUUCUCAGGAGAGGUGCCAAAGGAAUUGGUUUCCAAAUGUACCUCCUUGUCUAAUUUGAAUUUACGCAAUAAUAGCUUUCAAGGUGAAAUCUUCUCCGAGCAUUUCAACUUGCCAUCCUUGAUUACUCUUCAAUUGAACAGCAAUCAGUUCACAGGUACUCUAUCUAGAGUAUUAUCAGUUACCUUUGGCAUGACUUUGUUUGAUAUUGGGAACAACAACAUGUCAGGUACAAUUCCCAAGUUGAUGGGAAGAUUAACAUCGUUUCCGCUAGCUGUCAUCAGGAUGAGUAAUAACUUUUUCGAGGGUCUCGUUCCUUGUGGAUUACGUUCAACAUCUUUAAUAGAUCUUUCUCAUAACUCACUUUCGGGACCUUUACCUCCUUGCUUGGAAAUACAGACUAAUGUACUUUUGCAAGGGAACAAGCUUACAGGAUCUAUACCGAAAGCUCUUUUCAACUCAUCAUCUCUUGUGACAUUGGACAUUAGAGAAAACGACCUUUCCGGCACCCUUCCUGUUGAAAUCAGUACACUUUCUAACUUAAGAAUACUUUUGUUGCGAGGAAACAAUUUUAGUGGUAUGAUUCCAAACCAAAUAUGUUUGCUAAAGAAAAUAGGCAUAUUGGAUCUUUCAAGGAACUCCUUUUCUGGGACAAUACCGCAUUGUUUUCACAAUAUUACCUUUGGGAAGAUAAAUCCUACUGAUCUUGCAUUUUCAGAAACUUCUGUUACUCCUGUGUUAUUCCCCAUGGAACCCGAAACUCCAACAUAUGAAAGUCUUCUAGAGAAAUAUCUUCCAGAGGCGGAUACAGAUUUUUUAUCAUAUGAUAGGAAAGAUAUUGAGGUUGAGUUUGUAACGAAGUAUAGGUCUAGCUCCUACAAGGGUGGCAUCCUUGAUUACAUGGCUGGAUUAGAUUUGUCAUGCAACAAACUAACAGGUGGAAUCCCAGUGGAACUAGGACAACUAUCUUCAAUUCGUUCACUAAACUUGUCUUACAAUCAAUUGACAGGUUCGAUUCCGGAGGAAUUUUCGAGUUUGGCUUCGAUAGAAAGCUUGGACCUUUCUCACAAUAGUUUGAGUGGAGAAAUUCCCUCGACAUUAGUUGAUUUGAAUUUUUUGGGAAUAUUCAGUGUUGCAUUCAAUAAUUUAUCUGGUAAGGUUCCUGAUAUGAAAUAUCAAUUUGGGACUUUUGAGAAGAGUAGCUACGAAGGAAAUCCAUUUCUUUGUGGACCACCGUUGGAGAAUGGUUGCACCACAGCAAAACCAAAAGAGCCUUCAAAAGAAAGUGAGAGAAAAUGGUAUGAAGUAGAUCAUGUAGUCUUUUUUGCAAGCUUCUCAGUAUCUUACCUUAUUUUCUUUUUGUUGGUAGUUAGUAUCCUUUAUAUUAAUCCUUACUGGAGGCAGAGGUGCUUCAAUUUGAUUGAGGAUCUCAUGUACUGGAGUUAUUUUACAAUUUUGAUACCCCUAAAAAGGUUGGCAAAUCGACGAUGUCGACAUUAGAUAUCUCCUGGUUACAUGGACAUCUUUAAAGGCAGUGAUGAUAGCCAAUUGUGUACUUGCAUAUGUAUUUGAUUAUCAAUAAUGGUUGUUGCGCUCUAAUAUUAUGAAUCAAGGAACUCAAUUCCCCUCUUUCUAUAGAAGACUGGUUUUUAAUUGAA